AUGUUAAAGGGAUUGGUUGACCAGGGCGUAAUUGAGAGUCUCGUGGAGAUACUCGCCUGCAGUAUGGUGGAUCGUGAUUCGGGACAGCCACCCGUGGAUGAACUCAAUCUCCCCGAGGAAGCCAGCCAGCUCAGAAUUUGUGCAUCUCCAAUCACUACUGAAAUCCAAUGCGACAUCCUUCUCACGCUUGCGAUUAUCUGUGAAGAUGACGUGCACCAGUAA